AUGCGCCGGCCUCGUGGUCGCCAAGGAGGUCGCACAUCGAAGGAGACACAGUUAUUGGCUCGUAUCGAGAAGUUGGAGACCUUGCUCAAGCCCGAUCAUGCGCAAGAACUUGCCACUGCUCCAGCAUUUGUGAAUGGAGAUCUUGGCUACGCUUUAAACGACAGGUCUAUGUCAGAGGCCACGACUACAUCUAAUUGCGCGGAUGCGAUAUCUACUAGCACUACGCGAGAGCAUCCAACAGCCACUUCUCGAUCACAGGUCCUACUUGGGUCAUCAUUGUUCUCUCAGCUGAGCGAAGAACUUGUCGGGAUUCGUGACAUUCUCGAGGCCUCACCGGAGAGUGAUGAUGCGCGGAACACACUCAUCAAUGGUGCAGAGAAUGGUAGUCCUGGCGAAGGAAUUUCGAACACUACCAUACAUCUGUUUGCCGCAGCUGCUGGUGGCCAUAAGAAAAUGCUAGUACCAUCAGCCUCCGACACGAAUUACCUCUUGGGUAUAUUUGAGCAGAGAGUCCAUCCGGUCGUCCACGCUGUGCACCUUCCUACUUUCGUGGCAGGUAUUCGCUCGAGCCUGUUGGAUCUUGGAGCUUGGUCAUAUGACCGACAUGCUGCGGCAGCUCAGGUUGCAGCUUUUUACGUGAGUAUCGUGGCACUCACCGAUACUGAAUGCAUGCAACGAUGGGGUGUGCCACAGGUGAAGCUACAGAUGCAGUGGCGGCAAGAUGUGGAGCAGCAGAUCGCGGGCUCUAAUUUCUUGGUUUCCGAGCGUUUGGAGACGCUUCAGGCACUUAUAUACUAUCUGGUAGGUACCCGAUCUUUCGACAGGUCAAGAGCCGUGUGGACACUCCUCCCUGUAGCAAUCCGUAUAGCACAGGCGCUGAACCUCCAUCGUGAAGAGCACUAUCGACACCUUCGUCCGCUUGAGGCACAGCUGAGACGUUGCAUAUGGCACUGCCUGGUGCUAAUUGACUUCGAGUCGGCCAUGGAUCGCGGUUCGGAUGUCGUUGUCAGUGAACGUGGAACCAGCACGAGGCCGCCGAUCAAUGCGAACGACUCUUGUUUUCACGACAGUCUUGACAUCUCACCAGCUCCGCAGUAUGGCUAUACUGGGUUAUCGAUCUUCCUGAUCGAGUCGGAGUGUGCCGUGCUGGCAAGGGUGCUGAACUUUGUUGAGCCAGCAGACAUGGAACGCGCCCCUACAGCAAUGCAGUACGACUGCCAUGCCAGGAACGAGGCAGUUACCAGACAAGAAAACAUACUCAAAGGGUACCUUGGUGCUCCUGGAAGAGGACUCGAAGAUUCCACUGCUCAGAGAUUAGCACGGACCAUCAUAUCCUGCAUGCGGCUUUAUGUUGUAAGGCCUCUGCAGCGCCAUCCUGCUAUGAAGGCGCCGAGGAUCGCCGAGAUCGACAUUGUAGGCCUUGCUGUGGAGACCCUUGGCUUCACGCUGGAGUUGUAUAGAAGCUCACAUCCAUGGAUGUGGUACAUUCGGCAGUUCAACAAUUGGCAUCCUCUGGCUGUGUUGUUAGCAGAGCUGGCAGUCUCGCCGAAUCACAAGCAUCCUGAGGCAUGGACGGUCGCUAAAGAGGUGUAUGCAGAGCUUAGUAGGACGGUAGCUGAGGGAGUUGACGGUCCAUUGUGGCUUCCGGUUGCGAAACUUAUGCGUGCUGCGGAAGCCCGCCAGAAGGCAAUGGAGGAAGCUACCUACAUCACAGGCAUUGGGUAUCACGACUCCACAACAGUGGGAACGGUAGAUGAGAUGGCAUCAAAUCAAGUUCCUAUGGACAUGAUGAUAGAUGCCGAGGAUGAAAUACAGCCGUGGAGUUAUUGGGAAGCCUUCAUCGGUGAUAUUGCGGGAGCCGAUGAUCCGUUCUGGCCGCUGAAACCAGCAUGA